CCCGUGUAGCCUUGCAUUCCCCUUCUCUGCACCUACAAGAAGUGAAACUCGGUGGAAGCUGUCGCAGGUAAAACCUUCCAAGUGAGCCGACCAGUGACGUCUCAGAGCGGCUCCUAACAACACCUCGGCAAGUUUUGUGAGUGAACAGUGUCGUGUAAGUUCCCCGUGGUGUUACCGGGGCCCCCUCUACACCCUUCCCCCUCUUAAUUACAACCCUUUGACAAAGAAAAGGUUAAUCAUGACGUUUUAUAGGACGCAAGGAAGAUGUAUGAUUUUACUGGCAGUUUUCCUAACAGUUGGAAGCCAACAGAAGAAACCAGACGAAAAGGAAUUUAUUUGUCCAGAAGGCGCUGGAAAUGGAAAUUUUGCUGAUCCUGCAACGUGUAGGAGAUUUUAUCAGUGCGUGGAUGGAUUUCCAUAUCUCAACAGAUGUCCAUCAGGGCUUUAUUUUGACGAUAUCAACAAGUUGUGUACUUUCAAAAAUGAGGCAAGGUGUGGCCCCAUCUCCACAACUCCCGCCCCUAUCACAGAGCCUCCAGUCGACCUGGCGAAGAAAUGUGACACGAGCAGCUGUGAACUGCCCUACUGUUUCUGUUCCCGAGACGGAACACGCAUUCCGGGUAACCUCGACCCAGAAGAUACUCCUCAGAUAAUACUGAUGACAUUUGACGGCGCUAUAAAUCUCAACAACUUUGAUCAUUACCAACGAGUUUUUACAAGCGACCGGAAAAAUCCCAACGGUUGCCCAAUACGAGGCACAUUCUUUGUAGCUCAUGAAUACAGCAACUACCACAUGAUCGAGCGGUUAGCUCACGACGGCCACGAGAUUGGAACCGAAACUAUUUCAUUGCAGCAGGGUUUACAAGAUAAGGGAUACGAAGAAUGGGUCGGAGAGAUGAUUGGGAUGCGAGAGAUUCUCAGACAUUUCGCCAACAUCUCGAAAAGUGACGUAGUCGGUAUGAGAGCGCCAUACCUUAAACCCGGACGCAACACACAAUAUGAGGUGCUCGAAGACUUUGGUUACAUCUACGACAGUUCGGUCGGAAUUCCGCCUCUCAAGGUCCCGAUCUGGCCCUACACACUGGACUACAAGAUACCGCACGAGUGUCGGUCUGGCACGUGUCCCUCUCGCACCUUUCAAGGCAUAUGGGAAGUACCGCUUAACGCUCACUAUGUGGAAACCUAUGAAGGGGGGCAUUGCCCAUACCUAGACCAGUGCGUCCUUCACAGCCACGAUCCAGACGAAGUGUUUGAAUGGCUUCAAGAAGACUUCAAUCGCUACUACCUACAGAACAGAGCUCCUUAUAUGAUGCCUUUCCACACAAACUGGUUCCAGAUCAAGGAGUUGGAACGAGGCCUGCACAAAUUCCUUGACUGGACCAAAACACUACCAGACGUCUGGAUCGUCACCAUCACCCAAGCACUCGUGUGGAUGACAGAUCCGCGGUCAGCAAAGAAUCUCAACACUUUCGACGCGUGGAACUGUGCCAAGAGACAAAAUAUCCCACCUCCAGCCUGCAACCUGCCCAACAGCUGCGCCCUAUCAUUCAGGCCCCCAGAAGCGAAUGUUUCAUCCACCAGGUACCUCGUAACAUGUCGCGAGUGUCCAGUUCGUUAUCCAUGGUUGGGAGAUUCUGGAGGAACUGGGGUGGACGGAACUGACGUCUACAAUCCCGAAAACUAAGUAACAUUACUCUCGCACAAUGCCUACGCUACACAGGGGGUAUGUAUCCAUACAGGCCCUUCACUCAGUCCGGAUAACAGCAGUUUAAAGGUUACGGCCAUGACGGACGACACGGCUUCUUUCAAAAUGCUAAAAUUCUGUGGCAGAAGUAACAGAAGUUGGCCAGAAGGGAGACAAGUACGAGUUAAAAUUUUGAUAACCUUUUCUUGUACUGUUUGUUUCCUUUAAUAUGUUGAGAAUGCAAGUUGCGCAAAUUACAACAGACCUUACUGAAAACAAAAUAACACACGUAAUUCUGACUUUUAUUCACAAAUCAUAUUCCAUUCCACAGUAAUCAACGAAUCAGUAAACGACCAAACCAAAAAUCAAUCAACGCAAAAGAAAUAUCCUCGUUUACGUUUGCCCGAUUUUUUUGAAGUUCAUAUUCCGUGUCUGCCUCUAGCAUAAAAACAAGAGAUCAUCAAAAUAAAAUUCACUUACUUCUGCUGUUGAUGAUAAGAAGCUGUUGAUUUCCAACUGGAACACUUUAAUCUUCUGCCCAUUGUCUUAAGUUACAACGAGAUCUGAAAAUUCACAAGAGAACAGAUUUGGAAAAUUCACUCAGCUAACAAGUAUACAUCAAAAUUAAACCUGUAAGUGAUGCAUGUACAUUCACAAAAAAUGCAUUUUCAUACAACCAACGCUUCUAAUAUUUACAAAUAGACAUAAUUAUCGAGAUGAAAAACACAUACACAUUAUAAAUGAUUAUUUAUAGACUUAUAAGACACCAGCACAGAGAGAUUAAAGUGUAUAUACCUAAAAUUUUCUAUCAUAAAAAAGGAAAAUUACAGUAUAUUCAGGAUUUCUGCAAACUGCGAACAAAUAUUUUCAGAGUUUGGGCUGCUACAGGUCAGCACAGUGCAGUCACUAUUUCAAGUGCCCAUGCACAUAUGGUGAAAAGGCUCUGCAUGUUUACUCUUACAAUGUAUCAUACAAUAAUUACAUAAAAUGUUGAUUAAAUGCCGAAGUGGUAUAUAUAUAUAUUUACAUAUGUCUAAUAUCAGAGACUGAAAAAACUCUCAAAAUCUUCUUGCCAUACCACUUUUAAAAAUUAAGAUAAUGUUAUUGUUGUUAACUGUGACUGCAUAUAAUUUACUUUUGCUAACAAGGAAUAUUUUCUAACUCUUCUGACAAAUAAAAAAAAAUCACUGUGACCAAUCUACAAGACUUCAGUAAUUAUGUACAAACAGGAGAACCAAUUUACGCUGUUCACACUUUCAGGAUGUCAGCCAAUGUUUCAGCUUUCAUUUGUGUGUGAAUGUACAAGUCUGAGUGCAACAAGUGUGAAAAUGAUUUGUAAAAUGCUCAACAUUUAUGUUUUUGUUGCAAUAAAGAUUGUAAAUGAAACACUU